CAAUAGAUCUUGGAAGAGGAAGGUCAUAAGUGGCAGUAGUUGUUGCCACUUGCACAGUCGUACCUCGGGCGAUCUGACCACUUCGUUUAUUGCACUCGAGUUGAUGGUGCGUACGUCAGCUUGGAAACGGACAAAAGAAUAUAUUCGCAGAAUGCGGGGCAAUAAAGCGGGAGAAUGGAUUGCUCUUCUACUUCUUUUGAUACUAGAAAAAUUGAGUGGCGCUAAUGCUAUUACCUAUGGAAAUAUUGACACUCGUCUGCCGAAGAAUACUGUUCCAUCCUCUUAUGAAAUAAAAAUCGAACCGCAUAUUGGGUCCGGAAAUUCCACAUUCAUUGGAGAAGAGAACAUUGUUGUUGCAGUCUUGGAAGACUCCUCGGAGAUCACUCUUCAUGCCCAUUCUGAUUUGUCUAUCAAAGCAGAUGCCACAGUUUUGAUUGGUGACGAUGGAAAUUCUCUGAGACCGACAAAUCACAGUCAAAAAAAUAUCACGGAUUUUUUGACCAUCAACUUCGAGCCGAAAAUUACAGCGGGAAAUUAUACAUUGCAUUUAGAAUUCGUCGGCAAGAUUAACAAUGGAACUGAUGGCGUUUUUAGAUCAUCCUACCUCAAAGAUAAAACUAAACAAGUAUGGUUUAUCGCUACGAGUUUUUCUCGUAUUUUUGCACGAAGAGUAUUUCCUUGUUGGGACGAACCUGCCCUGAAAGCGACCUUCAAUCUGUCUAUCAAACACGAUCCAACCUACUCUGCAGCAUCUAACAUGCCAGUACAAAGGAAAGUAGAAACUGAAGAUGGAAAAGUAUGGACUAAUUUUCAGAUUACACCGAAAAUGUCAUCAUACACAAUUGCGUUCAUAGUUUCCGAUCUAAGUUGUAUCUCGAAUACAAACAAGAUGUUGAAUAUGUGCGCGACUAAGCAGACCCUCCCAGAAAUGAAGCUUGCGCAAGUAAUGCAGGACAAGGCACUGGCUCUGUUCAAUCAAUACACGGGGAUGCCGUUCGCCUUACCGAAACUAGACACCUAUAUUUUACCAGAUGAGCAACGAAGUGGAUCACUGGAGAGUUGGGGGCUUAUAUUCGACCGGGAAUCUCUCAUGGUGAUAAAGGGCGACUCACCAUACUGGACGAAAGAAUAUGCAACAUUACAACUCAUUCGUGGUUUAGCAUAUCAGACAGUUGCCAAUUUAGUCAGCCCGAUUUGGUGGACGGAUGUAUGGCUGAACGAGGGCCUCGUGCAGUACUUGCGGUUGUACAUUGAAAACCAAAUGUAUCCAGAAUGGGAUUUGAUCAACAUGUUCGUAGCUGAUACGAGUCUAUCGAGGGAUAGAAAGGACUGGCUGUCUUGGGAAAUGAAAAAAUUUGUGGAUGAAAAAUUUAAACUAUCUUCGUGUGAUUAUAUCAAGAGUGCAGCUGUAAUGCAUAUGCUAUCCAAUACUGUUUCCCAAGAAGUGUUCCAAGAAGGUGUUCGUAUUUACCUGAAGAAACACCAAUAUGGAGCAGCAUCACCAGAUGACUUCUGGAGUGCUAUACAAGAAGCUUACGAUAAGGCGGAAAAAGAACCCAAAAUUAAUAUAAAAGAUAUAAUGGAUUCCUGGACAAGCCAGACUGGCUAUCCUAUGGUGAAGGUAGUCAGAGAUUAUGAAGCCGGAACAGUGACCAUUCAUCACCCCAACAAGACCCCCAGUCAGCCGUCAUCGAGAUGGUUUAUUCCAAUCAAUUAUGCGAUCAAAUCUCAUCCGAAUUUCACAUCGACUGUACCGACGCAUUGGUUGAAGCCUGGUGAUGGUCAGCUCGUCAUCGAUGGAUUGAACAAGGAUGAUUGGAUCAUCGUGAAUAUCCAGCAGUCCGGCUAUUAUGGAGUUGACUAUGAUGAGGCCAGUUGGGAGAAAAUCAUUCAAUAUUUGAAUAGUGAGGACUUCACAAAAAUUCACGUGCUGAAUCGUGCACAAUUCCUGUCAGACUUGUUUCAUGGUGAAAACUAUAUGACACUCUUAAAGUCGACGUCAUAUCUUUCUCGUGAAACCGAAUUAAUUCCAUGGAGAUCCGGCAAAUUGGCGCUUUCAUACUUCAAGCAUCAUUUAUCGGAUGACGCGGAACUUCAGCAGAAUUUAAAUAAAUAUGUCCAACGUCUCAUGAAACGAGUGUUCGAAGAAGUUGGCUUCGAGGAUCGCCCCGCAGAUUCCAACCUGGUGAAAAAGAAAAGGUCUGAACUGAUGAAUCUCGCCAGUCAAUUCAAUAAUACUGAAUGCUUGCAAGUGCAAGCAAAAAAAGCAUUAGCUCAUUUGGAAGGCAGAGGGGAUCAGAGUCUCAAUUAUUGGCAAAUUUGUUACGGAGCUGCGGAUGAGAAAGUCGCAUCCCUAUUAGAGAAAAAAAUUGAAGAUGGAAAUACUGAAGCGUACUUCAGUGCCCGAAGUUGUUCACGGAAUACCACUUUCUACGAGAAGUAUUUGAAAAAAAUCGCAGCCAAUGAGACUAUUGCCAAAAAUAAUACACGACUGGCAAUUAUAGUUCUCGCUGAGAAAACUGUCGAAGGAUGGGACUGGGGGAUAAAUUACUAUAUGCAAAAUUUCGAACAGUUGUUGAAAGAUUAUGGUCAAAGCGAUAUGACUUUCAUGCUGAACCAUUACAUUAAGAAAACAGCGACUCCCCAACGAUUGGAUAAGAUAACGGAAUUUUUAAAGAACCACGAAAAUCAUUUGGGCGCCUGCGUCACUGAAGAAGUAGCCAAGAAAACCAAACAGUUUGAGUGGAGUAAAACGAUGGCUCCGCUGAUGAAUGACUGGUUGAAAAAACAACUUGAUUCGAUGGCAGAGACCAGGAAGGCUUGAAGAAUAUAAAUCACUUGAAUGUAAUGAGAGUAGUUUUGUCGAUGUAGUACGUUGCUAUGUUAAUCUCAUGACAGGGUGAUUCUACAUAGAGAUCAAUGAAAAUAAAUAACCAUUGCUAUCA